AUGAAUAUUCAAGGUAGUAAUACUCCGAAUAUCACUAACUCUAUAGUGUCGAAACAGGUUUACUAUGCCCAUCCUCCGCACACGAUAGAUCCGAAUGAUCCGGUACAGAUAUCCUUCCCUACCACCGAGGUAGUUGGACAUGGUUCGUUUGGAGUAGUGUUUGCUACCGUUAUCGAAGAAACUGGUGAAAAAGUUGCCAUUAAAAAAGUUCUGCAAGAUAAACGGUUUAAGAACAGAGAACUAGAAAUAAUGAAAAUGCUAAGCCAUAUAAAUAUAAUAGACCUGAAGUACUUUUUUUAUGAAAGGGACUCUCAAGAUGAGAUCUAUUUAAAUCUGAUCUUAGAAUACAUGCCCCAAUCUUUAUACCAAAGACUACGUCAUUUUGUCCACCAACGUACGCCGAUGUCACGAUUAGAAAUAAAAUAUUAUAUGUUUCAAUUGUUCAAGUCAUUGAACUAUCUCCAUCAUUUUGCUAACGUUUGCCAUAGAGAUAUCAAACCACAAAAUUUAUUGGUAGAUCCUGAAACUUGGUCCCUAAAAUUAUGUGAUUUCGGUAGCGCAAAGCAGUUGAAACCUACUGAACCCAACGUUUCCUAUAUCUGUUCGCGCUACUAUAGAGCACCAGAACUAAUCUUUGGUGCCACGAAUUAUACUAACCAAAUCGAUAUAUGGUCUUCUGGUUGCGUAAUGGCAGAACUAUUAUUAGGUCAACCAAUGUUCCCCGGUGAAAGUGGUAUUGACCAACUAGUGGAAAUCAUUAAGAUUUUAGGCACUCCUUCAAAGCAAGAAAUUUGCUCCAUGAACCCAAACUAUAUGGAGCAUAAGUUUCCGCAAAUUAAACCAAUACCAUUGUCACGGGUUUUCAAAAAAGAAGACGAUCAAACAGUAGAGUUUUUAACUAACGUUUUGAAGUACGAUCCCUUGGAAAGAUUUAACGCUUUACAAUGUUUAUGCAGCCCGUAUUUUGAUGAGUUAAAACUUGAUGAUGGUAAGAUAAACCAAAUAACAACCGAUUUGAAAUUGCUACUAUUUGAUGAAAACGUCGAAUUGAGUCAUCUAUCUCCUGAUGAACUUUCCUCUGUAAAAAAAAAGCUGUUUCCCAAAUCUAAGUAA